AUGAGAGAUAUUUUUGUUAUACAUGUCUAUUCCCACCCAUCCUUGACAGAUUCAAACGAUGACUACUAUUAUGAAUACAGCACUGAAUAUACCACACCAGAACCCAUGAAUACCAGACAUGGUGUGUCUUCAAGAGAUCCUGACUGGUUCUUUGAAUACUUCAGUUACAAUGUAAAUCCAUGCCAAGUCAAACCAUGCCAGAAUAAUGGGAUUUGUGAGAGGAACAGAAACAGCUAUAGAUGUCACUGUGUCAAACCAUAUACAGGGUCCAAGUGUGAGCAUGUGGAAAACACAUGUCAAAGAAACAGCUGCAAUAGAGGAGACUGUCUUAUAAGCCUAAUACCACCUUAUUAUCGAUGCAGUUGCAGAUAUCCCUAUCAGCUACCAUUCUGUGACAGAGCAAAAUCUGUUUGUAAACCAAACCCUUGCAAAAAUGGAGGCAUCUGUGUGAAGCACCGAAUAAGAUCAAAGUUCACAUGCAAUUGUCCUGAACCAUUCAGAGGAACAUACUGUGAGAUAGGACCAGAAGACUGUUUUACAGAAAAUGGCCACACAUACAGAGGAAAUGUUAGUCAAACAGUGCUGAAGAAGGCUUGCCUUCACUGGACAUCUCACCUUUUGUUGGAAAGCAGUUACAAUGCAUUUAUGGAGCAUGCUGAUUAUCAUGACCUUGGGGACCAUAACCUCUGCAGGAAUCCAGAUGGUGAUGAAAAGCCCUGGUGCUUUGUCAAUGUGGAUAACAAGGUGAAGUGGGAUUUCUGUGAUGUCUCCUCCUGCUCAGCAACAGGUAGAGUAGAUAAUAAUGCCUUUGGGACUACACCCAAUCUUAUUGUGUGGCCUAGAGAGGGUAACAGUCCCAAUGCAUGUGGACAACCAGAGACAAUAAGAUCACUCAAGAGAAUCUAUGGUGGAACCAAGACCACUCCUGGCAAGCAUCCAUGGCAAGCCUCUCUUCAAAGGAAGUUUUCAAUGGGCUCUUCCAUGCCCAAGGGACACUACUGUGGAGGGGUGCUGAUUGAACCAUGCUGGGUUCUUACUGCUGCACACUGCAUUGUGCUUUGUGAGGAAUCUCAUCAGCUGUUAGAUGCCAGAGUAAAGUUGAUUUCCCAGACGCGGUGUAAUGCACCAAGCGUAUAUAUGAACAAACUGGAUGAAAGCAUGCUUUGUGCAGGAAAUCUUCAGAGAACAAGAGCUGAUACUUGUCAGGGAGAUUCAGGUGGUCCUCUAACCUGUGUUAAAAAUGGCUCUUAUUAUAUCUAUGGAAUUGUGAGCUGGGGAGACCAAUGUGGAUUAAAAAAUAAACCAGGUGUUUAUACCCGUGUGACAAGAUUUCUCAAUUGGAUUAGGAGGAAAAUUCAACAGGAGUCUAUUUAG